AUGGAGAGUUCCGGUGUGGAUCCUCCUUUGAUGAAAUGCGACGUAAAUCAGACAUGCGUGGAUACAACAUAUGAUUUUGUAACUGGUCAAAAAUUUACUACAAGAGAAGAGGCGAUAAGUUGGAUUAGGGAGGUUGGAAUCAGGAAUAAAGUGACAGUUAUAAUAACUCAUUCAGAUACUAAAACAGGCAAGAGAGGAAGAAGUAACAAAUUAAUAUUUGGUUGUGAUAAAGGUGGAAAAUACAAAAAAACAGAUAGUGAAACCCAAAGUGCUAGUAAGAGAUGUGGUUGUCCUUUCAAAAUUAGGUCAAAACCGUCGAAAGAUGGUUCUGGAUGGAAGAUCGAUGUAAAAUGCGGAGUACACAACCACGACUUACCUGAUAGAUUUGAAGGUCAUGCUUUCGUAAGUCUAUUAAAUACAGAUGAUAAGCAACAUAUUGUUGAUUUGAUAAAAUGCCAUGUUCCACCAAGACACAUAUUAUUGUCAAUGCAAGAGCGUGACCCGGAGAAUGUCACUCGGAUCACACAAAUAUACAAACAUAAGAGUAAGAUACAAAAAGACAUAAGGGGUCCCAUAAUAGAAAUGCAACAAUUGCUCAAGUUGGUUAAAGAAUCAGGUUAUGUUUACUGGAGCAGGAAAAAGGAUGAGUCAGAAGUUGAUUUUUGUCCUCAAGUAAUCUUGACUGAUAGAGAUCUUGCUUUAAUGAAAGCCAUUGAAACAGUAUUUCCAAAGACAACUAAUUUGCUUUGCCAAUUUCACAUCAACAAAAAUGUGAAAUCAAAGUGUAAGGAGUAUGUUGUGGAUAAUAUGCGAGAAACUGUGGAGAAAAUGUGGUAUGAACUUAUAAGGGCUAGUGAUGAGAUGGAGUACCAUCAAAGAUUGAAACAAUUUGAGGAUGCAUGUGUUGACUCCAAAGAUUUUAUUGACAUGGUAGGUACAGAUACGCAAAAGUGCGGAUGUACUCAUAGAAAAGUAUAUGGGUUACCAUGUGCUUGUGAGUUAGGGAGAUAUACAUUGAGUGGUGAUGCGAUACCAAUUAGGCUAUUCAUAUUCAUUGGAGAAAACUAA